UAGAGCGAGCGUCCGCCCAUCAACCAGGAAGACGAAGCUAGUUUCGUAAUAAUACAAUAGCUGUGUAAACAUUUGUUGGAUACGAUACACAGUAUUUAAUAUAAAAAACAAAAGAAGCAAAACACGCCAAUUCGCUAGUGUUACAACAAUAACGCUUGCUACCAUCUGAUCACAACAGUUAACUAGCUUGGUUCAGGCGAUUUAGCUAGUAAACAGUCGCUAAGCAGGUAGCUUUACCUCUAGAGGGUACGGCCACUGAUUAAAGUUCAUGAUGGAUAACUUCGAAACGCCAUAUGAGGAGGAGGAUAUCGCGUUUAUUGAAUGCGAGAUCUGUGAAAAAUCCUUAAGGGGUGAUACCCUGUACAAGAUACACCUGACCACCCCAGGACAUAUAAAGAAAGAGAGUGGCUUAGUAACUUCUGGACUGUCUGUCAGAAGACACGUACCGGAGUUUAAGGAUAUUAUAGAGUACCUGGAUUACCUGAAUCUGGAUGAGCCUAUCAUUGGUUUGAACUUUUUGGAAGAGGGGCCUCCUAGUGACCGACAAAUAGGCCCCAAAUACUUAUGUAAGCUCUGUAAUCAGUCAGCUGUCCUUGCAGAAAUGGUCUGUCAUGUGAUUGGACGCAAACACAGGCAGAAAUAUGUGGAAUUGAAGCGGCCUGACUUGGUGACCUGGGACAGACCCUCUGUACAAACCCUCGGGGGGAAGAUUAUGCGCGCCAAAGCAGAAAUAAUAGAGAGACAGGAUGGGAGAGGGACUCCAAAGUCAUUGUUCAAAAAGGGGAACGAGAGUAGAUCAAACAGCUCAAAAGCUUCCCAAAGGCCGAGGCAAAACAGGGAGCAGACGAACCCCCAAGAUUUGCCACCACUCCUACCCGAACUCAAGGACUAUCACAGAAGAAAGCAUGCCUCAAGUUACCCAAACGCAUCUGCAUUUCCUCCGAAUGAACCUAACAUGAACGUAGACAGGCGCAGCCAGCGGGAGAACAGGCUUAGCAAUGAGCGCACCAGAGAUGAACCGCGAAGGUCGGAUUUCAGGGAAGGCCAUGCGUACAGAGAAGGCUACAUGGACUCUGAUUAUCGUCAUCAGUAUGAAGAGGGAUAUGGUGGCGAUUCACAAAGAUGUUUGGCAGCUGAGCGAGGUGAUGCUCCCAAGUAUGAUUUUAGGGAGGAGUUGCCUCGUGGCCUCGCUCAGUCUGACUAUUACCCUGAGGGGGCGCCUCCUUAUAGAAAAGCCUAUCCAGAAAGAGAGUCUGUUCAGGAUUUCCACUCUGAGGAUGUCAGGGGUGGGAACGGUCAUUCUGAGUAUUCACCCUCCCAGGCCAUGUACCCUGAAGUUGAUAAACUGCGGUGGUCCCUGGAGAGGGAACCUGAUAGGCACGACGGUAUGAACAAAGCAGGUAGACAGGGAUCAAGUGAACCAGAAGCCAGGAGGAGGAACUUCUCUGCAUCUAUGGAGGGGGACCGAUCACGUGACAAUUUGUUCAAUAUAAUUCAAGAUUAUCGUCAUGAGAUGAGAGAGGUACAUCAGGAUGAGGCAGUUGAUAGGAGAGCAGGAGGCCCAGCCUCACAAAGACACAUGGAUGUUGGCAGAACCAUUUCUAACAUCCCAGAGCCAUUCAGGCGGUUCCUGAAAGGAGGCGCCGAAGAUGAUGUUCACGGUAAAAGGAAAAGAAAGAGCCGCUUCUCUGAUGCUACUCCAGAGGAAGUAGAAGGGACAAGGGAAAUGUAUGGGGAUAAUUAUGGAUCUCCAAUUCCAAAGUUUGGAGGUGACCCAAGGCCAGGUAGUGCACCAAUGAGUGGAGGACAAUUUUCAGACCUCUACAGAGAACCACAGGGUCCACAUCAUCCUGAAAUGAACCAAAGAGGAGGCUCUGAGUCGGAGGGCGUCUUUGAUAUGCUAAGUAACAUUGAAAUUGAGAAUGCUGAAGAGGCUGACUUCUUGAAAAGUAAACUUUGCAACCUGCUUAAAGAAUUCAAAACAAAAAAGAUGGAGAAAGCUGUGCAGAACAGCCACGGUCGAGAAGGGAUCCCAAGAAACUACAGCAACAUGGAGCUGGACCCUCGACAGCCGCCGUUCGAGAGGACCAUGAGAGAUGAUUCGCAUCACAGACAGCCAGAAGACCUCGACUUCAGAGACUGGAAGCAGCGUGAGCAUCUUCCAGAGGAGCGGCACAAUGUUUAUCCCCCCCCUGCACACGAAGAUUCCAGAUACUCAAAAAGAGGCCGCUUUGAAGAGGAAUCUGGAACUCCUCAUACAAACCGCUUAGAUGAGCCGCCCUUUUAUCCUGAACGGUUUCCAGAAUCCCUGCCCUCUCGUGACUACCAGCCUCCUGUUGGAGAGUUUUUCGACUCUCACUCUUCUGCACCUCCCCUCCACAUGGAUCAAGAAUCCAGGAUUCCCAGAGGACCUCGGUACUCUAACAACCUGGACAAAAUCACCUCUGCCCUCCUGGAACUUGUGGCAAGGAAAUAAAUGUCAUCACUGCAAUCUCCUUAAUAAUCAUUUAUUGUAAUGCAGUGUUUUAAGGUAUAGUUCAGAUUUUAAAAUGUGAUUUGGGUUUAAAUUUCUUCCCUUCAUUUUUCUUUCUUUCUAUUUUUUUUGUUGUUGUUUGUGUUGGAUAUUUGCAAAGACCUUGGUUGAUCAAAUGUUGACAUCUGGUGUAAGAAUUAAAACACUUGUCUACUGCA